AUGUUGAAUACACUGGCAACUACUAGUAAGUCAGGUUUCUUUCUGAAGGGUCUUUACGAAUGGUUGUCCAGUGGAUUCAACAUUGUCGUAAGUGUCGUUUCAUCAGGAGAAUUUGUUGGUAGUUGCUGGUGUGGGAUUAAAUGUAUUCGUAAUGGUUGUGUUUUUAAACGUUCGUGGUGUUACCUGAAAUCUUUGGCUGAACAUCGUCGAAGAAGAGAUAUUAGAGCAGGUUCAAAAAAAAAAGAUUGCUGUGCUUAUGGACUCGAUGUAGCUGGUGAUGAUGGAUAUGUGAAUAUGUAUCAAUGGAGUGUUCAUCCUGGUCUUCGGGAAGAAUCAGAAUAA